AUGAUUGUGACCCUCGAGGCAGCGACAUCCAACACUCAGAUUGCUCUCAGAUGGCUCUUCUUCGGGUAUUUGACGGAGCCUCACCUCGGAAAUAAUGAAAUGCAGUGUGACAAAUUGCCCACGUGGCCCGAUAUCUGCAAGAAACAGGCCGCGAUCCCUUGCUCCGACCCUAGCGACAAGAGGAAUGAGGAAUUUGUAUCAGGACUCGCUUUGAAGUUUCAGCAGCUAGCCAAGGUCCGAGGCUCUAGAGAUAUGGCAACAUCAGCGGAUACUGAAAAGCAGGAGGACCUGAUACAACAGACACAAAAUCAACAACAUGAACGCCCAUCUACCUUAUCACCCUCUGAUGUUCAAUAUCAUCCCAGAACACUCAAGUUCUGGCUCAUCAUGUUCUGCAACUUUCUCGCACUAUUUCUAGUUGCCCUAGAUCGAACAAUCAUUGCAACCGCCAUCCCUCGCAUCACCGAUGAGUUCCACAGACUCGGUGAUAUCGGAUGGUAUGGAUCUGCCUAUAUGCUUGCAAGCGCAUCCUCUCAGAUGCUGUUUGGUCGAAUAUACAAAUUCUACAACAUGAAAUGGGUGUUCUCGUCUUCAAUAGUCCUCUUCGAAAUCGGAUCGGCGAUCUGCGGUGCUGCUCCUUCGUCCAAUGCCUUCAUUGCCGGACGCGCCAUUGCAGGAUUUGCUUCGGCUGGAAUAUUUUCCGGUUGUAUGCUGAUUUUAAUUUCCAUGGUCCCUCUUCAUAAGCGACCGAUGUUCCAAGGCCUGUUUGGAGCUGUGUUUGGAAUCGCUUCGGUCAUGGGCCCUCUUGUGGGUGGUGCUUUUACUAGUGGUGUGACCUGGAGUCGCAUCAUUGCUCUCUUCGUUCUAUUUGGUGUCUUAAUACUCGUUUUCGCAGGCAUCCAGAUCUGGAGGCCCGAGACAGCCACAAUACCAGCAAAGACCAUUGGUCGCAGAAGUAUUCUCAGUGCAUCUCUUUUCGUCUUUCUUUCAUCCAGUGCAAUGAUGAUAAUGAUUUACUAUGUUCCCAUCUGGUUUCAAACCGUAAAACUGGUCAAUCCUGUGAAAUCUGGAAUAUACACCCUGCCUCUUGUUCUCAGUCUUGUUGUCGCAAGUAUCUCCGGAGGCUUGCUGACCCAAAAGAUUGGAAACUACGUACCAGUCAUGUACCUCGGCCCAAGCUUCAUGUCCAUAGGAAUAGGUCUAAUGAGCACCUUCAAUCUAUCUACUGGGUCAUCUCACUGGAUCGGAUACCAAUUUCUAUCUGGAUUCGGCUUUGGCCUCGGGAUGCAGAUUAAUGGACUCGUUGUGCAAAGAAUCUUACCACCACCAGAUAUCCCAAUCGGUGUCGCGCUGAUGUUCUUCCUUCAGCAGCUGGGGGGAAGCAUCUUCAUCACUGUCGGUCAAACGAUCUUCAGCAAUACCCUUGUCUCCCAUCUCAGCGGAAUUCCAGGCUUAGAUACUGGCUUGAUUGUGAAUGAAGGUGCUACAAAAUUGGUCACAGUUGUGCCCUCGAAAUACAUAGUGAUGGUUCAAGAGGCGUACAACUUUGCCUGUACCAGAAUAUUUUUCGCUGCUUUAGGUCUUGCGUUUUUGACGCUACUUAGCUCUAUGGCAAUGGAGUGGAAGAGUAUCAAGAAAGGCAAAAAUGGACAGGAUAGUCCCACUAAUUCCAACCACGGCCACCGAAAACCACAUGACUCGGCGACUGGUGGGCCUACCCAGUCACCACCGGAUCAGACCGAAGAGAAAGCAAGCACUCGAUCACUAUAUCGCAUUACUAGAUGGCUAGAUCGUUCAAAAUGUUUUCUAAAUAGAACACCCAACCGCACGCUACUGGUCAGUACAGCGGCAUAUGCUAGGGCUUCAAAUAAAAUGGUAGAAAAAAUUUGA